AUGGAACAGAGAUUGUUGUGGUGUGAAAAGAGCUCGCUUUUAGGAAAUGAAGCUUUCAGUCCUCAGUCAAACGCCUUCUUCUUCCAUGGCGGCAGCGAGGGCCUCUACGCUUCUAAGGUCCAUGGUUCUGCUGAUUCUUCGUCCACAGACAAUCAUCACCUCAAGGGCAAGUCCUUCAUCAGGUUUGAGAGUGUCACUUUUGUGAGGACUAAAGAGUCUGCCAAUAAGCAAAGUGAAAUGCAGCAGAAUACUGGUUUGGUGGAAGCUAUCAUUCUUGAAGUGAAGGAUAGGGUUCGGAUUGGAGCUUCUUUCGUCCAAUCCGAAAAGAUAUGCUGCACCAGGAAUCUUUCGAAUUCUGGAUACUGCACGGUGGGAGAGGUUGUUAUCCACAAAAAUCCAGACAACCCUGACUGGCCUGUGCGCAUCAAAACCUUUUUUAAUGGAAAGGAUGAAGAGGCCAGAAUGGAUACUAAGUCAAUUAAUAUCAAUAGUUCUGGAAUGUACUACCUUUAUUUUAUGUUCUGUGAUCCGCAACUCAAGGGCACAUUGAUUAAAGGAAGGACUGAUUGGAGAAACCCAGAUGGUUAUUUGCCUGGGAAGAUGGCUCCUUUGAUGACAUUAUAUGGCUUUAUGUCUUUAGCUUACCUUGUGCUUGGCCUAGCCUGGUUUCUGAGGUUUGUUCAGUUCUGGAAGGAUAUUAUUCAAUUGCACUACCAUAUUACAGCAGUGAUUGCUCUUGGAAUGUGUGAAAUGGCUGUGUGGUACUUUGAGUAUGCCAAUUUUAAUUCAACUGGAAUCAGACCUAUGGGCAUUACAUUAUGGGCUGUAACCUUUAGCGCUGUCAAGAAGACUCUUUCUCGCCUUCUUCUUUUGGUAGUUUCCAUGGGCUUUGGUGUCGUGAAGCCUACACUGGGUGGUAUAACACCAAAAGUAUUUCUUCUUGGUCUGAUCAGGAGAAACAUGGCUAAAUUGGAACUAUACCGAAAAUUUACCAACUAUCUCGCCAUUUUUGUGCUUCUCUCGGUUGCUUGGAUUGGCUUUGAGCUAUAUUUCAAUGCAACGGAUCCUCUGAGUGAGUAUUGGCAAAUUGCUUGGAUUAUUCCUGCAUUCUGGACUCUGCUUGCAUAUGCUCUCUUGGCAGUGAUAUGUAUCCUUUGGGCUCCUUCACGUAACCCAACUAGAUAUGCAUACUUGGAGGAAGCAGGAGACGAUUUUGAUGAGGAGGGCAUCUCGUUAACAAGUGGUGCUUUGAAGGUGAGUGGAGAUGUGACAGCCAUGCGAGAAUACGACAAUGUGCUUGCCGAAGAUCUGGAGGAGGAUAAGCGAGAAUAG